AUGCAGCUCGCUCCACCGGCAAGCAGGGUCGUGCGGCAGUGGUCAGGCAUCCCUGCCUCCUCUCUCCUUCUUCGGCGACGCACAUGGACCGCACUCGCGGCUGCGACAUGGCCUGUGUCCCUCUGCACAUCACGUCGGUACCUCUCUCAGCAAGGAACUCAAUGGCUGAACAAAGUGCGCUACGGCGCUGACAAUGCCCCGACGAUGGGGUCGUGGGACAGCGCCUACGGGGACGACGCCAUGGACACACGAAAGCUCUACUGCAAAGCCCUCGUGCACGCCUCCGGUGGGAGCCGCCUGGCCCGCGACUGGAUCGCCGGAUAUUCUGCUCUCACCAGCCCCGACCCAUCCCUCAUCUACACAGCGCUGCAGCACGACGCAACGGAGGCGGAUGUGCAGGAGCUGCGAGAGCACAUUCUUGGGCGUCUGCUCGCGCAGGAGAGCCCCAGGCAAGGCGGCUGCAGUGGAGGGUCUCGCGAGAACGAAGUUCGGGCGAAGUUUGAUAUGAAUGAGGAAAGCGAGAAAGAGGUGGUGGUACCGGACGCCGGCGAUGCUGCGCCCGAGCCAGCUGUCGCACCAAACUGCGGGGGACAAUGCAACAUGCAUGAAGGCGAUGACGAGGACGGCGCGAGUGAGGCCACUUCACCGCCAAUAACCUCAGAGAGCAUCCGCGAUGCCGAGCACUGUCUGCUCCAGCGCUCACGAGAAGUUCGUUGCUUCAUGUACGACGCUAUGACCGCCAGCCUCUUCCACAGCAACAACGAACUGCGUGCGGUCGAGGCGGCACGGCGGCACACCUUCUCAAUCGGCUCGAACCUCUUCGGCCUUUCCUUCGAUGAGCUGACGGCGCUCUGGCGCCUGGUGGAGGCGGAGUUGUUGCUCAAGAAGGAAAAGGUCAAGGUGCUUGGACAGCCGUGGGGUGAGUAA